AUGCAUUUUCUGAUCUACGUCGCGCUUGUGCUCACCGCGACCGCUCCAGUACACGCUGUGAGCUUCGAGUCUGAUGAUAGCCUCUUGCAAAACGGUCCCAGUGCUCGACGAACUUGCGCAGGUCCGGUGGCCGGUAUCCCAACGACAUGGUGGCGCGCGGCUAUCGAUCACAAUGGCACAACACCAACUGCCGAGGAUACGACGUACGAGUAUUACCGCACAGCAACACAGUAUGGUGCAGAUAACACUGGGGUUGAAGACUCGUCCGGCGCUUUCAUUACCGCUAUUAAUGCAUGGAAUCGAACUGGUAAUACAGUGACAACAAUGCCCGCAUAUGUAUAUGUUCCUCCGGGAAAGUACCGUAUAAAAUCAUCUAUACAGAUGCUAGUUUCGACGUACUUGAUAGGUGACGCCAUCAAUCCUCCUACACUCAUCGCGGACCCUGAGUUAAAUACAGCUCCGGUAAUUCAUGGUUAUGAUAAAUAUCAAGGCGAUGGAUCCGCGACCAAAAACUUCUACAUGGCUGUUCGCAAUCUUAUUGUUGACACGAGUGAAAUUGACGCAAGUACCCGAGCUGUUGGGGUCGAGUGGUCAGUAUCGCAAGGUUGCUCCCUGAAUAAUAUAGAGGUUAUCAUGCCCGACUCUUCAAACCAUAUCGGUAUAACCAUGGACGAGGGUGGUUCUGGUGUCAUCAUCGCAGACUGCACUUUCCGUGGUGGCGCUAUCGGCAUCCAAUUGAAAAAUCAGCAAUACAAUUUCAAGAGCUUGGCCUUUGACGGCUGUGGGAUUGGUAUUAACAUCACAUCUGUCUUUGUUGCCACAUUCCAAAAUAUAACCUUUGCCAAUUGUAACUACGGUAUCAACACAAGCACAUCAGUUGGUACGAUAUCGCUUGUAGACUCGUCCGUCAGCAAUUGUAAUGCUGGGGUUAAUGCUUAUGUCUCUGGUUCUGGUCAGGGCUCUCUUACACUCGAUCAUUUUCGGACUGAUGCCGAGACUGUAGCGGUGAAGUCGUUCAAUGGAGAUGUACUACUCCAGGACUCGGUCCCUGUGGGGAAAACCUGGAUCUUAGGCAAUAUAGAUCCUGGAGGGCACUCCAACGGCAAGCUUUUUGACACUAACCGCCCGCCAGCAUUGAUUUCCGACAAUAGAUAUUUCACAGCUGUAGCACCGCAGUAUGAGCAAUACGAUGUCAGCGAGGUGAUCAGCUUAACCAGCGAUCCUGAGAAUCCCGUGUACGGAGAUAAUGUUCACAACGACGGUCCAAGUAUCAAUGCCAUACUACAGAAAUACGCCGACUGCAAGAUCAUAUUUGUGCCCCAGGGGAUUUAUGUCACGGAGGAGACCAUCUAUAUUCCUCCAGGCACACGUCUUGUGGGCGAACAACUCAGCAUCUUCGCAGGUAAUGGCACCGCAUUUUCGGAUGCUGAUAACGCAAUACCAGUUUUUCGAGUUGGUAACUCAGGUGAAAAGGGUAUUGCUCAGAUCUCGGACAUCUUAGUAGAAGUAUCAAACGUCUUGCCCGGAAGCAUUCUGAUGGAGGUCAACAUGGCAGGCAAUGAACCAGGGGACGUCGGCGUUUGGAACACGGUGCUUCGCGUCGGCGGUUCCCGGCAUUCACUGGUAAAUACCGGAUGUACCAGCUCGGACACGUCCAACUGUCGGGCAGCAUUUGCACUUCUGCACGUCACCAGUACAGCGUCUCUGUAUGCCGAGAAUCUGUGGGGCUGGGUAGCAGAUCACAGUCUAGAUGGCGACAAAGCGCAGAAUAUCGCUGUAGGUCGCGGUGCGCUAAUUGAGAGCACCCAGCCUACCUGGCUUGUCGGUUCGUCGUUCGAGCACUGCGCGUUAUAUCAGUACUCGUUGAGCAAGGCUUCAAACGUCUAUAUCGGGUUGCAACAGACGGAAGCACCGUAUUGGCAGGGUGCGGACCAGCCAAACUAUGCUCCUGCGCCAUGGACACCGAAUGCAAUUUACGGAGACCCCGACUUUUCGAAUUGCCAUGGUCAAAACGCCGCUGAGAAUGGGCAGUGUUACCGCGCUUGGGGACACUAUGCUGUUAACAGCAGCAAUGUUGUUAUUCAUGGGUCCGCUCUCUGGGUCUUCUUCAACGGAAUGAACGACAACAUGUGGCAAGAUGCCAAUUGCGAAAAGUAUGGCUGGACAUGCGAGCUUAACAUGAUAUACCUCGAUGGGGCCAAUUCGACUUAUAUGUACUCGUUGAGUACCAAGUCGACCACCAAUAUAAUCUACGACACUGCAGAUGGUGUUAAGUUAGCCACCCAGGACGAUUACGGGGGUGGCUGGGGCACGGUUAUAGCGGCCUAUCUGCGAAACACAGGUACUGCAGAAAAUGCGUGA